AUGUCUGCUGCGCAGAGGCUGCAGGAGGUGGAAGCUCGCUUGGCGGAGCUCUCCCGCAGCAAAGAAGACCUGAAGGCGCAGAUCGUCCAUGUCGUGUCGCCCCAACCUGACGUCGAGGAGACCAUCGCCGCGGACUCUGGGAUCGAUCCGCACGAAGUCGCUGCUGGCCUGGCGGCAGCCGUGGACGCAAAGCUGCACGUGAAGAGCCUCAAGGAGCUUCAGGAGCCCAUGAGGGAGUUGGAAAGGGCGGCGAGGACAGUAGUGAGGAGUGCCGCCGAGGGUGCUGAGGCCUACUGGCAGGCAGUGGGGAAUGCUUGUAGCUGCUAUCGGACUGUGGGCCCUCUGUGCUCAGCAGUGGAAUCAACACCAGCAGCAGUGGAACACACUGUCCUCCAAGACCUGUCACAGCAGCUGCUGUCCAGAGCCAAGGUGUCCUUGGCGUCUAUUGACAAGGCCUGCAGGGAGCAUUUGGAGCGGCGGCUCUCAGAGUGCGGCUGGCCGCCGCCAUUGGCCGCCCCGAAAGGGAGUGUCUUAGGCACGGAGAAGGGUACCUCCUUUUGGGAGAGACUUGAGAAGCAAGGUGGCGGGCUGCUGGAUGGCCUGCUGCUGUCACUUGCAGCUCUCACAAUGGUGCAGGUUGCUGUGGAGGAGAGGACUGGUGAGCCUGCUGGUGAAUGCCUGUGGUUCAUGGAUGUUAUGGCUGCAAAACUAGAGGAGCGUCUCCGCGCUCAUUUUGCAUCCAAUCGGAAGACCAGUGACAUCAAUCAGCCAGAGUGGCUUUUUGCAACAGCGCUGAAGCUCAUCAGAGAACAUGCCGAUGGCAUGGCAUUUUUCGAAGGCCGUUUGCAGACACAGCCUGUUGAUUACACGCUGGCAUUUCAACGCAGGAUCCAGGCAGCUGUCAAGGGUCUCCUGCGGUCGUCCCAUCUUCCAGCACUGCUGUCUCUAGGGUCACGAGAUCUGUGGAGAGACUGGGCGGUGGCUGCUGCUCAGUUUGACAGAGACGUGGCAGAGGCUCCAUUCCUUGUCAGAGAGGUCGGGGUGGCGUACAGUGGUGAUGUGCAGUACAGCUGCCUCAAUGUCUUCUGCGAGAGGCAGGAGUGGAUGGUGGCCUGGUGUGAUGCUGAAUCCCAUGCACUGGUGGCUGAAGUGGAGGAACUGAUGGCCGCACCCGACGCCUGGGAGCCACCUAAGGCCCAAGACUGGGAGGAAGACGAGCCCGAAGCAGCCUCUAGGGGUGGCACAGCCAGUGGGCAUGAGUUGUGGCCGCCACGCUGUGCCCAGGGGGUUUGGUCCCUGGUGGAGUCAGUGGUGCAGCGUGUGGAGGGGCUGGGGAUUGAGCACAGGGCCCACUACUUAAGGAACGUGGCUGGCCCUGGGCUUCAGGAGGUGCUUCGGAAGCUGGGUGCCAUCGUGAAGCAGGCAGAGGCGUACAAGCAGCUGACAGCGCCCAACUGGGCAGCCAAGGUGUGUGGCUGUGCUUGUGCCGCCCAUUACUUUGAACACCACCUUCAAGAGCUGGUGUACAAUUCGUCGCUGUUGGAGGUGGGAGGCGCACAAGCUGUUUUUGGGAAAGAGAUGAGCACAUUGGUGGGCUUAAGGCGAGAGCAGUGCAUGAAACUUGCCAAGGCCGUUGCAAUGGAGUUCGGGCACACCUCUUCCAGCUACAGGUGCUGGUCACUGGCCGAUUUGAGCCUGCUUGGCCUUGCCUCACGGAGGUCGGUUUUCCUACAGCAGCGAUGA